AUGAGUUUGGUGGUCGGUUAUGAUGAACCAGAGGUGGAGGAAGAAAAGCUGCAAGGGCAGCCGGGAAAACGGGGUAACAGCUCUGACUGUGGGGAGGGCGCCUCCACCCCACUGCGUCCGGCUUCUGCCCUGGGCGGGGCGUUGGGCACUCGGGCCCAGUCCUGGAGUGAGGACACCGAGAGUGAGUAUGCGCUUCCCUACAUGCCCGCGCUCCUGCCCGGAGCCCCCUUUCUUGCCUGCCUUGCUCAGCACCCUCACCUUGUGCCCGUUUCCCCCUACCCUGCAGUGGCUGCCCCUGGAGCCGCGGAGAUCCUAAAGUCCGUGCAGAACUACUACGGGCAGGUGCUGAGGAAGUCAGCCGACCUCCAGACGAACGCCUGCGUCACCGCCGCCAGGCCCGUCACCAAGCACUUGCGGGAAGCGCUGCAGAACGUGCACGAGGAAGUAACCUUGAGAUAUUAUGGCUGUGGCCUGGUUCUCCCUGAGCGUUUGAAAAACUGCUGGAUUUUGGACCUGGGUAGUGGGAGUGGCAGAGAUUGCUAUGCUCUGAGUCAGUUGGUUGGUGAGAAAGGACAUAUCACUGGAAUCGAUAUGACGGAAAGUCAGGUGGAAGUGGCUAAGAAGUAUGUUGAUUACCACAUGGAGAAAUUUGGCUUCCAGACCCCCAAUGUAACUUUUGUUCUUGGCUACAUAGAGAAGUUGGGCGAGGCUGGAAUUGAAGCUGACAGUUACGAUGUUGUGGUAUCAAAUUGUGUCCUUAACCUUGUGCCUGAUAAAGAACUAGUGCUGCGGGAGGUAUUUCAAGUGCUCAAGUCUGGUGGGGAGCUUUAUUUCAGUGACAUCUAUGCCAGCCAUGACUUGCCAGAAAAUAUCAGGACCCACCAACUCUUAUGGGGUGAGUGCUUGGGUGGUGCUUUGUACUGGAAGGACCUUGCUAUACUUGCCAAAAAAAUUGGAUUCUCUCCUCCACGUUUGGUCAGCGCCAAUAUCAUUACAAUUCAGAACAAGGAACUGGAAAACGUGGUUGGUGACUGUCGUUUUGCUUCUGCGACAUUUCGCCUUUUCAAAGUGCCUGAAACAGGACCAAUGCAAAAAUGUCAAGUUAUUUACAAUGGUGGAAUCAUAGGAUAUGAAAAAGAACUAAUCUUUGAUGCCAAUUUCACAUUUAAGGAAGGGGAGGCAGUGGAAGUGGACGGACACACUGCAGCAAUCUUGAAGAACUCACGAUUCGCCCCAGAUUUCCAGUUCGGAACGUUGGGACAGAAGCCAGCUGCUUGCGGAGGUGGCGCAGGUUUGCAGGCCAAGGAUUUAAUCUCAGAUCCAUUCAAGCUUGCAGAAGAUCUUGACAAAUUCAAGUCCGGAUGUCCUGCCAACAUGACUAGUAGCUGCUGUGGCAAAAACAAAAGCUGCUGAAACCACAGAUAAUCAGAAGAUGUGGGUAGGAGGCAAAGGAAAGAGCUGGAGAGUACUGCUGCCAUAAUUUAAGAAAAGUUAAAAUCAGAAGGCUCUGGAGGGCUCCCCCAGUGCCGAUGGCUGAGAAAUGAUCUCAAAGAGAGGCCGCUUCCUUGAAAAGUGAGAGUGGUAUUUCUCAAAUCCUCCCCAGAGCAAAGACAAGAGAAAUGAUAUCUAGAUCACUAAUAAAUAUAAAUAAAAUCUUUAAAAAGGUAUUAAUUGAAGGCUCCAAAGCAAAUGACCUAAAAUACAAUCUAGGAGCUGGAGUGGUGGCGCGAGAGGUAGGGUAUUUGCUUUGCAGGUGCUAAGUUCAGGCCUGUAAUAGUCAAAAUACUCCAUAG